GGGGGGGACCAAGUCUCCGGGAAGCAAAAGGUUUCCAGCCGGUGGUAUCUUUGCAGCAGAUGCUCCUGCAAGAGUGGAUCGUUUCCCUGCAAGCUUGCAGAAGUGAACGGAGAGACAUGCAUCACAAAGGAACUGCACAGAUCUUUACUUAUUUGUAAGGCAGCGUAAGGCAUCAUGGUGAGUAAGGAACCCAGCAAAUGCUUACUCACGGCCUCUGAAAGUGAAGUUGAACCAGCAGCUUCACUUGCCUUGGAGAUGAAAUAUGCAUUGGAUCCCAACCGACAGAUUAAGAAAAGAAACAAAGCCCUGCAGGUGAGAUUUAAAGAUAUCUGUGAGGCCCAGAAUGAACAAAGGGACAAGCAACUAUCUACAGUACAACAUACAGACAAAAGAGAAACAAAGCCCAUCUCAUAUAAAACAGCUUAUCGUAAAUAUAUGACAGUGCCUGCACGAAGGUCAAUACCUAAUGUUACUAAGAGCACAGGAGUUCAGACUUCACCAGAUCUUAAAAAGUGUUACCAGACAUUCCCUCUGGACCGCAAAAAAGGGAAUAUUAUUAAAAGCAUCUCAGCUGUUGACACCUUUAAGAGUCAAAACAAUGGAUUUCUAAUAGAUAUUAAGGAUAAAGACAGUAAAAACUCAGGGGAGGCUGCUCAAUGUAGCAAGAAGGUCGGUGGCCUAAUGACCGCAGAAUUUAUUUCCCAUACUAAUGAACGCAUGAAUGCAAUAGAUCAGCCUUCUAGUGACAACUGUUCAGAGGCAUGUAAAAGCACUGAUUUGCACAGCUGUACUAAAGAACCUUCUUCUCUUCAAAACUCAGCAGACUCUACUUCAGAAGAACCUGAUUACCAGCUGCAUGAUAAAGCAAAACAUGAUACAGGGCCAUUAGGUAAUGAGGAGUCUAAUCAAUCAGCACAUGGAAAAGUGUUUAAGACGGAAGUAGCUACCAUUUAUUUACCUGCGUCCAGUUCACAUGCCAUACGGCCUGACUCGCAAAACUCUGCAGCAGAUACUGAAUGGUUAUUGUGCCCAACAACAGAUGAGGAAAAAAAGAGAACUGUGCAUCUUAAUGGUUUGCAGUCCCAAUCAGUAAAUCCUCAGGCCUGCUCAUCACAGGCACAGUGCCAAUCUCCCGAAUGUAAUGAACAGACCCUUCAGAUAAAUGUUUCACCUCUGAAAGAAAGUCAGCCUUGUCAGACAGCAGUUGCUGUGAGUGAAGGAUGCCAACAAAUUGUGCCUCACACAGAAGUCGUGGACUUGAAAGCACAGCUUCAGAUGAUGGAGAAUUUGAUCAGUUCAAGCCAGGAAACCAUAAAAGUGUUGUUGGGUGUUAUUCAGGAGUUAGAAAAAGGAGAAGCUCACAGAGAAGGGCUUUCGUAUCGGACUGGGCAAGACACAGCUAACUGUGACACAUGCAGGAACAGUGCAUGUAUUAUCUAUAGUGUAGAGUUGGAUUUUAAGCAGCAAGAAGACAAGCUACAGCCAGUUCUGAGAAAACUUCAUCCUAUCGAGGAAACUCAGGUUGCACCUUUGCCUUACACUCAGGAGAGUUACUCCUCAACUCCCAAGCAAAAAUCCAAAACUGAAUCAAAAAAGCAUGGAAGAUGGAAACUCUGGUUUCUUUAACUAAAUAAAGUCCACUAGACCUGGAAUUUAAGGCCUUCUUUGAAACAUAUUUGGAAUUCAGUUAUUCAUAUCAAAAAGGGAUCUUGGUAAAUUGAUUAGUGUAUUCAGCCAGUGUUAUUCUAAUUAUUAUGGGCAGCAUUCAGUUCUCAACAUAUGUACCAAAAAGGCCUUUGUACCUAUAAAUUAACAUUCAGGAGCAAGGCAUUAAAUCAUACCUUGCCAGCUUCUAUUUGCAGUUCACCUAUGUGGGAUGUAAAAUUUAAAUAAAAAUCUGUAUAGAAAAAGAUGGCUAGUAAAACUAUUCCCCCCAAGUCAGAUCUGAAAGAAUCACAUUUCAACCUGUUAAACAGCAGGCUGUCAUCCUGUACACGGAUAAAUAUCACUAUUUAUUUUCAAGCCUUUUUGAGUUUUUU